AUGAACCGUGUGUGGAGUUAGUGGGGUGGGGGGGUCGACCACAGACUCCCUCAUCCGUGCCUGCGGAGAGUUUCAGCGCAUCGACAAGCAAGGAGAGUUUACUUAGUAACGUGCACUUUUAAAUCUCGAGAAGAAGCCAGUUUAACGAUCACGUCAAGUUUUUGCGUUGUUUGACAGGAAUCUCGGCGCGCGAGCUCUCGUUCUUUCUGUGGACGCAGUGAAAUGUAUCAAAUUCUAUUGUGAUGUAAAAACGAAGUCGGAAGCGGUUGCGAGCUGACAAGCGGGGUUUCCAGCAGCAGACCAUUGGCCGUGAAAGUGGGACUGCGAAUUAGAUUUGGCUGCUGAUUUGCAAAUGUAAAUUUUUGAAAGUUGAAAGGUCGAUAUUUCAUCCGUCCGACAGGUAGGAUGGACAAGAAGGUGCUCGGACCGGCCGGGAUUCGAAACGGAUCGUAACUUUACGCCGCGAUUCCAAACGAAGUGAGGAAAUGAUUCAUCCCGUGUGUGAAGUUUUGACGUGCGCUGAUUUCAUCGAGAAGAAACAUCCUCGGGGCAUCGUUUCUCUCCUUUUUUCCGUUGACUGAACAACAACUUUCCCACAUUCAAGCUAUGGAUAAUAGUAUUCCAGACAGCAGCAGUUCCGUGAUCCAUAAGGGGACGUUCGUGUUCGUCCAGGCUGAGUUGAAGGGCGGUGCGCCCUGGGGUUUCACGCUGAAAGGUGGACUUGAACACGGCGAGCCGUUAAUCAUAUCGAAGGUAGAGGAGGGUGGAAAGGCAUAUCUGUUACAGCACCCCCUACAGCUGGGAGAUGAGGUUGUCAUUAUUAAUGAUGUAGAGUUGAGCGGAUGGAGACAAGAGGCCAUUUCUCUCGUGAAAGGAUCUUACAAAACGCUGCAUCUCACAGUGCGCAGGGAGUGUUUUCCAGAUCUUUGCCGUUCUGACUUGCGUCCUCUCAGUCCUCCCAGAGACAGCAGAUGCAGCGGAGUGAAACUACGCAUAAAAAACAGACGGAGUGAGGCUGGUUCUCGACCUCAUUCCUGGCAUUCAACAAAGCUAGGUGAGGGCCCACAGAACUCUGGAGGCAUGAUGCAAGUCACACAGGGUGGUGUGGGAGUCGCCUGGCACCAGAACUACCACUCCAGUGCCUCCACCACAGACCUAUCAGGAUAUGAGACAGGAUUUCUUAGAAAGAGCCCAGAUCAGUACAGUUCCCGGGGCAGCAUGGAGAGCCUAGACCACACUCAUCCUGUCUAUAGCUCCUGCUAUCAACUGUCAUCCUCCAAAUCCUCCAAUAGCAUCGAUCAUCUGCACAGUAAGAGGGAUUCUGCAUACAGUUCCUUCUCGACCAGCUCCAGUAUUCCAGAGUACCUUGCAGCCGCACCGUCAUUUAACAAGGAGAGGUCAUACUCCAUGGAAAAUGUUCCACAGAAAGAAGGAAUGCAGCAGGCAGAUAUCCGCUACGUACGCACCGUCUACGACCCACAGCAGGGUGUGUCUGAAGAGCACGAUGUCACGUCUGCAGCACUAAUGAGAACCAAUGAAAGCAGAACAAAGUCUAGAAGUGGGAGCAUCCAGGGCAUGAUCUGUCAUCGUAGCAGCAAUAGUAGUGGCAGCAGUGGGAGCAGUGGGAGUAGUGGAAGCAGUGGGGGUACCACCAACUCACAACGCCAUAGCGCUGGGCCAGUCUGGGAUCCAACACACAACCGGCACUCCUAUGAAAACAUAAAAGGGGCACCAGCACCUCCAAUGCGCAGUGACAGCUAUGCAGCGUUUCGCAAUCAUGAGCGUCCUAACUCUUGGUCGAGCCUUGAACAUGCUCGGUCACAGCGGGCACUUCACAAGGGUUCCUGGCAUCACUCAAGUGGUUCUGUAGCAACAGCAAAGUCCUCUUUUGGGGCUGAAGGUCAGCUCCACACUGUGAUCGAAAAAAGCCCUGAAAGUAGCCCCACCACCAAACCCAAACAGAGUUUUCCUCAGGCUGCACAACCUGGCCGACUCAUGUUGCCCACCAGCAUCUACCCUGUUCCACCACCUGAGCCGCAUUUUGCACAAAUCCCAACCAGCAACCCUAGCUCUGGUUCAAUUUACACUGCACUGGCCAAGGAGAACAAGCACAACUCUAACUCUGACCAGUUGAGUGGAUUUGUAAGAGAGGACAUGGUCACUGUUGAAAAUGGAUACCAAAGCAAUGGUCUCAGCCUAAGCUCUGUUCAACCCCACAAUACAGUACAACCUAAACUUUCUGACAAAGCGCAAGAUGACCCUCAAAACAAAACUGGUUUGUAUCGGUCUCAUUUAGAGCAACAAGGACAGAAGCCUCAAGCAGCAUCUGUACCUCAGGAGCGGAGGGACCCCUACACUGCUGUCAAACCAAGAAAUGAAAAUGACAUGGAAGUGUAUGACAACUACAGGCCACCCAGAGAUGAAGAACAAAGCAAAUACGAUGAGAAAAACAGCAAUCUAGAGACACUUUACUCAGGUGGGAGAGUAUCACAAGGACAGGCUGCCCAGAUUUACAGAGGAAACUUGGCCCAAACACAAGGAGGUGACCAAAUAAUAAAACCUUCAAGGCACCAUAGUGACUCGAGUGCUUACCAGCAGAGAGGUCAUGACCUUGAUCACCCCCUGACCAGACUGGAAAAUGCACUUGCUGAGGUUCAACGAUGUGCCAGUCCUGAGAGUACAGUUAGCCAAUACAGCUUCCAGAGUGAGCGUAGCAUGUCUGUGCAGGAGAAAGUAAGCCAUUUCGAGAGGCAGCAAGUUAAACCUCGCAGUCACAGCACCCUGGUUCACCAUAGCUCUAUAUCCCGUCCGAGUCAAUCACAAAGACCUUCCAGUGCCAAGAGCUCUUUCUCUUGUAUGGAGGACUUGCACAACAACAUCUCUGUCCCUCACUGGAGAACACAGAGUGCCUCUAGCAAGACGAGCUAUGAUGGACUUGUGGAGGUGCAGCAAGAUUUGCGAACGAGACGUGGGAGUAGUGAUCAUGCCCAUAAACGCCACCCAAAAGACCCUCCAAUUCCCCUUCAAAGGAGUAAAAGCACCUUCCAGCUUGGUGAGGAAAAUGGUAAAGACUUUUAUGGUAAAGGUGACGUUCACAACAUCCUGGGCACUGUCAAUGAUACAUCUUUUAACAGAGAUUACAGAGAUAGCAUUAAAGAUGCCCAGUCUAAGGUGCUGAGGUCUACUUCCUUCAGAAGACGAGACCUUAGUAUUAACCCUCCACCAGUUCCAGUCAAACAUAUGUCUCUGGAGAGGAAAGGACCCAAUACAAGUCCCAAACCUACUACAUCCCCUCACACUCCAAAAGAACGACAUGUUGUACCUGUUGAUGUACCAAAUAGAACCUCUCCCCCUGAACUCCCCAGUGUGCCAGCAGUAGGACCUCAGUGUGUGAGGAUUUGUGGACGUAAACGAUUUACAAUGGAACAGAAGAAACGCUGUUACUCUGAGCCAGAAAAUAUGCAUGAAGUGGGAGUGUUGACUCAGGAAAGCAUUCAGGCUGAGCGAAAAGCUCAACAGCAGUUUCUGUCAAGUGAAACAACUGUUGCAGACCGGCGCAGGAUGUUUGAGCAGGUAACUCAUCGUAAUACUGAAUCCAGAUUCAUCUCUUCAAGACCGGAUUUGAAGCAGAUGCAGCAAGAUGCCCUUGUUGAGUACAUGCAACGCAAAACUGGUAGAAGAGUGGAUGGACGUCCCAACCGUCCACAUAGCACUUAUGUACAGUCAGCUUCGUCCAUUGACUCACAGAGCCUUACUUCCACUUUAAGUAUGUGCUCUUUACAAGAGCCAGUAUAUGAUAGUCUAUCUGGUGGCAUUCAUAAAACUUCCACCCUUCCAACAAGCAUGCAAAACUAUUUCUUCCCAAUCAGAAGCACUCGCUCCGAGUCUUCCACUGGCCAACAGUCUCAAAGCACAGGAACAGGAACUGAGAAACCCAUUCCUAAACAGAUCCCAGGACCAGCACUGGCUGGACAUCCCAUUCUUCAACACCUGGAGGCAGUUUUUGAGAGAGCCACGUCGACAAGAAGCUCGGGGAGGUCAGCUUCAGCUGAGGAUCUGCUGGAUCAUAGUGAAGAACGACUAGUUCCUCAGCACUUCCGUUCCAGAUCAUCUCCAUCGGUGGAGAACUUUAACCAGGACUUAAUGGCCAGAGACCUUCAAGUUUUAGGGGUUGGCUCCAAGGAGUCCUCACAAAAGAGGCGGUUGGAGAAUACGGCAUCAAUACAGACGUCACAUCCAGCACAUAAAGAAAGGAGUUAUCCACUGAAUCAGGUGCCUUUCCAACAACAUGCACCAGUGCUGAGGCGAGAGCGGCAGAGACAUUCUGACCGCCCCAGGGCGCACAGUGCAUCUGGUCUGGCUGCCUCUGUGGGACUGCCUUGCCCUUUCACUUCUCAAGGCACUGCUACCACUCUAGACUGGCAUAAUGGCGAAAGACUGUGUCAACCCAACCUGGAUUCCAUUGCUUUUCCAGAAACCGGACCCACAAAUCAAAAGAGUCCAUCCGGAACAUCAGGAGUGGCGAGGCAGAACUCCAAUAACUCCAGCACUUCAGACGACACACUGAAGGACUUUCCAAGUUCAGUAGCUCCAGCAACAUCAAAGUCCACCACCACCCCGUCGCAUCCACACCCCGACGAGGUCUUGGGUUCGGCCGAUACUUCCUUGUCUGUUCAACUCUCAAGGCCAUUUGAUUCAAGGCCGGCCACCCUCCCUAGGAACCCAGUCUCCCACACAAAGCCACUCCCCUCUCUUCGGAUAUCAGAGUCUAAUCUUCAUGAUGUUCAGAGUGCAGUUUUGUUACAAGAUGAUGAUGAAGUGUUUUUAGCCCCACCACCACCUUCUCCUUCACCACCACAGUUACCAAUCAAAGAGACCGAGAUUACGACGGACUUUCCUCUUCCUCCGCCUGCAACAUUCUUGGCUGAGGAGGACUUGGGUCUAACAGAAGCUUUACAGUCCCCAAGACCAUUAAGGCCCAUAAGUGACUCCACGACUCCUUCAGUGACCUCCGAUCCCCAGACCAACCAUAUCACAGACAUCAUCAGCACCAAACAUCAACCUGCGUCUCCUAGCAGUGCCCUUCUAGAUGAGAACAGCGCUCAGAUUCUGGGACUUGACUGCCAUCUUCUCUCCAGAAGAGAGAGAACUCAAGCUGAACUCCUUGUGGAGACUAUAGCUCAAGAGUUGGUGAGCAAAGACAAAUCCCUCACCCCCCUUCUGGAAACCUGGGGAGGUAAAACUACCCAGGAUCUGAUGGAGGACAUCUUCCCCUCGCACUCACUGUCUUCCUCGCAACACAACAGGAGCUGCUGCGGUCGUGUGGGUGACAGGGCUCAAGAUGGUUUGGGUGUCCCAGACACUGUUCCCAGAGAAAUGGAGACAGACCUUGAUGACGAAGAGGCUUAUCUGCAUCAAAAGAAGGUGGAGCUAUUGCAAGCGCUUCAAGCGAGCAUACACUUGCUACAGGGGGAGAGAGAGGUUCUGGCCGAACAGCAGAAGGGAUUUAGCGCGCUGGGAGGCAUCAUGGACGAUUUAGUCCACGAACGCUGUAAGCCUAAUGAGAAAGAGAAAUACCGCAUGUUUGUUGGAGACCUGGAGAAGAUCGUCAACCUGCUGCUGUCCCUGAGCGCCCGCCUCGCUCGCGUGGAAAACGCUCUCACUGCCAUCAGAGAUAAAGAGAGUCAGGAGAGUGCAGAAGAGAAGGAAUCUCUGCAGUUGAAACAGAAGCAGCUGUGCAGUCAGCACGAGGAUGCUCGAGAGCUCAAGGAAAACCUGGACCGCCGCGAGCGACUGGUUCUGGAUAUCCUGGGGGGUUACCUGAGCGGACCGCAGCUGCGCGACUACCAGAAUUACAUCCGCAUAAUGCCCGCCCUGCUGAUACGACAACGCCACCUGGACGAGCUCAUUCGCCAGGGGGAGGAGCAAGUGAGAAGACUGGAGGAGAGCCUCCCACCUGAAUUCCAUCCAAAGAACGCUGACCCUGCCUCUGAUACGCCACAUAGUUUUAACCCCACCCACUCGCCGCGUCCCACAACCGUGACCUCACUCUAACGGGAGUUGGAGAUGGAAGAAUCGAUGAAACUGAUGCUGAAGAAGAGUGACUUUUUUAAACGAUGCACGUGGAAAAGUGCCUUAAAUGAAGUAAUGACUUUGUGACUUUGAACUCGCUUGCCAUCAUCACAAUGUUGUAUCUCACAAAGGCUGUCAAGAACAAGACCAAAAUCGUUGUGACAUCACAACAGGACAAUUUUUUAUUCAAAGCCUGUAUGCGACUCUUUCUUCACUGGAACACAAAAGUGUCUUGGUGGUUUCGUGUUCAUUCUAUGGAAGUCAAUGGGGUUCAAUGUUUUUUUGGGGGGUCUUUUGUGUUCUGCCGAAGAAAGUAAGUCAUACAGGUUUGACAUGACUGUAACGCUAUUUUAAUUUUUCAUUAUUCGACUUUGAUCUGGGAUGCUUUCUUGACAGACUUUAUGACUUUCAACAUUUGCCACAGCAUUUGGAGGCUUUUGUAACUAGAGACAUCUCCACUGUUCCACAUAUGCAUAAUGCAUUUACAUACUCGCAUGAGCUGCACAACACUGAAGCACAAGGCACAGCACAAUGCAAUAUCACUGGCACAGAAAUGCCGCAUUGUGAUUGGUGAAUUCCUGCCAUACACAAAUAAUUUACAGCCCUUUAACAGCUGAGCGCAUCGGAACAGAUGAACCCUGUGUGACCUCACAUAGAGAAGAUAUUUAACACACAUUCUGUAUAUUCUUCAAUGAAAAAACACAUUCCUGUUCGUCUGAAAUGGCACCUUUACAGCAAUAGUGACAGAUCAUUAUUUAUGAUUUUAGAUUUAGAAACACUUUUGUACUCUGUACGUUGCUGUACGUACUCUGAACAAUCCCCAUGUGAUUUUAAUGUAGAUUGUUUUAAAAAGAUUUUAGAUAUUGUAUUUUUGUAAGCAAAUGACAGUGAACGGAACAUUUACUGUUUUUGUGGAUUUCGGGUUUUUGGCUGCAUUGUGCUAAAUCAUCACAUCUAGAAUAACAGUGAAUAUUUCCUUCAGCUAAUGUUUAAUGGCACUUGAACACAUCAUCAAUUUCAAUGGCAAUUAGAAAGCAUGACUUCCGUUGAUUCACCACAGUUUUUAUGCUUCUUAGUUUUAUCACAAUGCACAUUCUACACGCAAACUAUUUUGCCAACAUAUUUUUAUUUUGGCGGUUGUUGUGGUUUCGUUUUUUUAAAGAAUGCAUAAAAUAUCUAAUCAGUACAACGACGCAACAAGAUUUGAGAUGGUUUUGUAUUGGACCUGUAAAGAGGCAGAUCAGCAGUUCUGAUGUAAACCACGUGAUUUCUCUGACGGGGGCUAAUCUGAUGUUUCAGCCAAGCUUCACGCUGUUGAAAACAAAAAGCACAAUUGGAAGGCAAAAUAAAUCUAUUUUUAAAUACAA